GAGCAUAAAAAGUGACACGGUUACCAUAUGUGCACAGCCGAGACGUAGAUCGCCGAGCAUCGUCAUUUGCUGCAUAAUGACAAGGCACUUAAGCUCGUCAUAUAAAAGAGGGUGCUCAACCGGGCUGUCUCAGCAUUCGAGCCUGUCUGUCGUCAAGAACUGGGCACUUCAGCUUAUUCACCGACUUCAACCGACGGCAUCAUGAGGGUCCUGCUGCUGAGCGCCCUGCUGGCGGUGACGGCCGCCAAGCCGCGGCAGGUAUCUCCCCUGGACCAGUGGGUCACUGACGCUCCCGCCCCGGGCCGUAAACCUGAGGGACAGUGGGUCACUGACGGACCCGCCUCCGGCAGUCGCAAGCCGGAGAUCCCCGUUGAUGACAACUUCGAGUACCGCAACCCGUCAGUCACCGACGACGGCCGUGAGCUGUUCGAGUCGGACAUGGUUCUGACGGCCGAGCAGCGCGACGGCCGUCAGGCGUCCACCAACCUCUGGACCAGCCCGGUCAGCUUCGCCAUCAGCUCCAGUUCGUCCGCCGACCGGGACGCCAUUCUGGCCGGAAUCCAGCACUGGCGGGACCACACCUGCCUCGAGUUCAACGAGGUGGCCGAGGGCUCCAGCGUGCCGCACAUCAACGUUAUCAAGUCCGAAGGCUGCUGGUCGUACGUUGGUAAGAGCACCAGCUCCGGGGGUCAGGAUCUGAGCAUCGGCGACGGCUGCACCGGCCUGGGCACGGUGGUGCACGAGUUCGGCCACGCCAUGGGCCUGUCGCACCAGCAGUCGCGCAACGACCGCGACAACUACGUCACCAUUCUCUUCGACAAUAUCCUGGAAGGAAAGGAGGGCAACUUCGACAAGCGGCCCGCGUCCAACAACUACUCAGUGCCUUACGACCUGACCUCUGUCAUGCACUACGGUUCCAGAUACUUCACCUCCAACGGUGAGGACACCAUCCGCGUCAACAACUUCCUGCACACUGGCCUGAUCGGUCGGCGCGGGGGCCUGUCGCACCGCGACAAGCAGAUCGCCAACGCCAUGUACAACUGCGCCGCCGGCUGCUCCAGUCCGCCCACCUGCCAGAACGGCGGCUUCGUCGGCAAGAGCUGCACGUGCGUCUGCCCGCCCAACACCUCCGGCGCCAACUGCGAGACCCUCAACGGCAGCUACUACGGUGACAUAGACUGCGGCGAUAUCAAUAUGACGCAGCCGGGCACCAUCACCACGCCCAACUACCCCGAGAACUUCCCCAAGAACGUCGUCUGCUGGUGGAUCAUUAACGCGCCGGCCGGCCAACAGGUCAAGGUCACCGUCACCGACAUGAAGAUGCUGUACCGCUCCAACGGCAACUGCUACUGGGACUUCCUCGCUAUGCGCUACUCGGGCAACGACUUCGUUAACGACCAGAAGGCGUGCGACGCAGAGCUGCAGGGUAAGAGUUUCACAUCCACCGGCAAUCGUUUCAUUGUCCAGUUCAAGUCGGGCAACUAUGGCUGGUACAAAGGCUUUUCGGCCAACGUCGAGUUCCUCUCCGCCUGAGCACGGUUGACACGACACUGUCGCGGAGAGUAAGGCACCCACUAAAACCAGCGGAUCCACGAAGCAAUGAGUGAACGCGUAUUCCCCUUGCCGAACUAUCCUUUUGUCUGUCAAAAAAGUGUGUAUGUGUGUGUUAAAUACAUUUUGCCAUCUCACUCA